UCAGUGGAUGGGAUUGCGUCGAAAAAAUAGCUGGGACGGAAUUGCUACUUUCAACGAAGUUUGGUGAUUAAAUUUGGAAUUCACCCUUAAAUAACCCCCGCUUGCGCAGGCACCAAGGUAGAGACGAGAGAGAGAUGCAGAAGAGAGAGCAGAGCAAGCAAGGCGGAGCAUUCGGCGGCUCCGCCAUUCCGGCCCCCAAGAGAGGCCGCCCAUUCGGCAGCGGAAGCAACAGCGCUUUGGCAGCGGCGGCGGCGGCAACGUCAGGUGAUUCCAUCGCUCCUUCCACUCUACUCGGCCCUUCUCUCCAAGUUCACUCUGCUUUCGCUGAGCAGAAUAAUAAACGGAUAGUUUUGGCUCUUCAAAGUGGAUUGAAGAGUGAGUUGACAUGGGCCUUAAAUGCUCUCACAUUGCUCUCAUUUAAAGAGAAAGAUGAAAUUCGUAAAGAUGCAACUCCUCUUGCCAAGAUUCCUGGAUUGCUCGAUGCUCUACUUCAAGUUAUCGAUGACUGGCGUGAUAUAAACCUGCCAAGGGUUCUUAUGAAGAAGCCAAGAGUGAGAUUGCUGGGUACAAAUUCCACUGUUACUGGAUUUGGGAAUGAAUAUGAGACCUUGAGCUCUGGUGAUUCCAUUCCACAACCUAAAUCUGGUUCUGCCAAUAAGGAUGCGUCUGCACGAAAGAUUGCUACCAAGCCUUUCCCUUCAGGCUGGUGGUUUGAGGAAGAUGGCAUCUUUAAUCUGGAUGAGGAAGGGCGGGCAGAAAAGCAGCAGUGUGCUGUUGCUGCUUCAAAUAUUAUUCGCAACUUUUCUUUUAUGCCGGAAAAUGAAGUUGCAAUGGGCCAGAAUCGUCAUUGCCUUGAAACAAUGUUUCAGUGCCUGGAAGAUUAUGUCAUAGAGGAUGAAGAGCUUGUCACAAAUGCCCUAGAGACAAUCAUGAAUCUGGGCCAUUUGCUAGACCUUCGAAUAUUUAGCUCAUCAAAGCCUUCAUAUAUCAAAAUAACAGAAAAACGUGCAAUCCAGGCCAUCAUGGGAAUGUUGGGAUCUGCUGUUAGAACCUGGCACUGUGCUGCUGCAGAACUACUUGGGCGUUUGAUUCUUAAUCCUGAUAAUGAACCUUUCCUUCUACCAGUUGCUCCACAGAUCUACAAGCGAUUAGUUGAUAUUAUGAGCUUCCCAGCUGGUGAUGCUCAAGCAGCUGCUGUUGGUGCACUAUACAACCUUGCAGAAAUUAAUAUGGACUGCCGGUUAAAACUCGCUAGCGAGAGAUGGGCAGUUGAUCGGCUGAUGAAAGUGAUCAAGACACCACACCCAGUACCAGAAGUCUGCAGGAAAGCGGCAUUAAUUUUGGAGAAUCUUGUAUCUGAGCCUCAGAACAAGCCCCUGCUGUUAGCAUAUGAAAAUGCAUUUGCAGAGAUGCUUUUCACAGAGACGAGAUACUCUGACACCUUUGCUCGAAUAUUGUACGAAUUAACAUCUCGACCAAGCAAUAAAGUGGCAUCAGCUCGUGGCAUUUGGGGCAUGUAACCAAGACCCUGCAUAAUUUGAGAGUUUUCGGCAGUACAACUAUAAUUGUCCGGAGUAGUUAUUUAUGUGUGCUUUUCAACAUUCAGUUUUUAUAAUCUUGGUGACCGCUGUACUAGAUUUGGUUUUGUACUAGGCUCUUGUUUGUAAAUCACUUCGUUUCCAUGUAAGAUCCCUCUGAUUCUUAGGAAUGUCGAAUCAAACCAUUUGUCACGGGUAGAGCAGCCUCCUCUUGCCGUGCCUGGUUCCCAAAGCAAAGCAUUGGUUAGCACUGAAUUCUCCAUAACCUUGUGCUUUUGUUUGUAUCUGGAUUAUUGAGGACAAUCCUCCCUCCCAAAUAAAACCUCCAUGUGGUUACAUACA